UGAACUACAAUAAUGUUCUUGUUUUUAAAGGUCAUGCAUGACUCUUUCUUCAAAGCAUAAAACCUACUUCCAUCUCCUCUUCUCCUCUCACCUCCAUUCUCUGUUUUCAUAUUCUAUUCAUUGUUUUCUGAAGCUCAUAUCUAACUGCUUUAUCUUUCUUCCCUUUCUUUUUAUAGGCUUUAUAUAUUUAGAGUUUUGAGAGAUCAAUGACGGCAAACUGCUUUUGUUGAAUCUUGAGGAAGUAGUAGAUAAAUCCCAACCUGGGAUUUACUCAUCCCGAGAUUCUAGGGAGAAACCCAAUCUAGGUUCUGUUCUGCUGGAAUUCUUUUCACCAAAAUUGGGGAGAAAAUUUUACCUGGGUUUUGCUGAAUCUUGAAAAUUAUAGAUUCCUAUCUAGGUUUUUUUUUUCAUCUUGUGGUUCUGCAUGGUUUUGAAUUUGAGAAAUUGAUAAAUUCCCACCUGGGUUGUACUCAUUUUGAGACUCUACAUAGACAACCUGGGUUCAGGGUUUUUCUGGAUUCGUUUUCUUGACAGAAGUAAAAUCCUACUUCUGGGGUUUUACUGAAUUUUGAAGAGACAUAUCUAGAAUUCUAACAGGUUCUAUUUGCUCGAAUCCCUAUCGGGAGCCAUGGCAGAGUCCUCACAGGAGUUCAAUCACAAGCUUGAGGACUCAGAAGCAAUUGAAUUGAGCGGCAAAAUCAUGAUGGGAGCGAUCAUUACCCUCUUCUUCGUGGUUGUUUUCGUCCUAUGCCUCCAUCUCUAUGCCAAGUGGUUCUGGGGCCGUAGACCUGAUAGCAGAAAUCUCUCUGGAACAAGCCGCCGCCGCUUUGUCUUCGCACCAAACCCAGACCCUGCUCAUGCCCAGCGUCGAGGCCUUGAACCCUCCAUUAUUCGGUCUCUCCCUGUAAUAAUCUUCCAUCCUAAUGAGUUUAAGGAUGGAUUGGAAUGCGCAGUGUGCCUAUGUGAGCUCUCUGAUGGGGAGAAGGCCCGAAUUCUUCCUAAAUGCAAUCAUGGGUUCCAUGUUGAUUGCAUCGAUAUGUGGUUUCAAUCGCAUUCGACAUGCCCACUCUGCAGAAAUACAGUUGCUCCUGAAUCCUCUAUUCCCGGUUCAGAGGCACCAGAAAUUCAGUCAGUUGACAGUAAUUCCGGUUCUGGGUACCUGACGGAAUCCCCAAAUUUCCCUACAAACAUCUUGUUUUGGGGCAAUCAGACUCAGGUUAGCACUGGAGGCUCAGGUACAGAAGGACCUUCAUCACUAUCGCCAUCAGUGCCAAAUAGUGGGAGGGGUGGAGCCCUGGUCAUUGAAAUUCCAAGGAGAUUAACUGAAGGAUUCUCAUCUGUGUCACCUUCACCUUCAACAAAUAGAUUUUCCGAAGAGGAAACAAGGUCACCAAUGACUACACGGUUGAGAUCACUGAAGAGACUCUUGAGUAGAGACAAAAGGGUUCUUCCAUGCGGUCCUCAUUCAGUGGACCUUGAACAAGGUGAAGGUGAGAAAGGUCAGUGUUCAAAAACAACCUCAGCAUCAUGAAGGCAGACGUAUUAGUGCAGAUUGGCAAGGAGAUGACAACCAGGUUUUGGAGGCAAGAAAAUGAAUCCAGCAAAAUGAGUUUCUGUUGUUUAUAAUACACAUUGUACAGGUUCUGACUUGAGGCUCCAAAUAUUUGGUUAUGCUAAGUUAUACUGGCUUCUCUGAUCUUUGGGGAUAUGUUACCCUGGAAAAUGUUCUUUCAUUUGCUUUCCUUUACAUUGGUGGUGAAAAAUAGGUGCUCUAGAAUCCGUGAAUUUUGCAUUAUUGUUUGAGUACCAAACUUCUCAUGCAGUUUGGAACUCAGGUGGAGAUACUGUAUAGAAAGUAAGUAGGCUUUUCUUUUGGGAUAGAGCAAACCAUCUUCCAUGGAAUAUUGAUAUAAUAUUUAUAUUCUUUUCUCA